AGGCGGAGCCGGGCCCGCGGCCUCGCCUGGACCCGAAGUUGCAGUGGCCGCGGGCCCGGGAGGCUGCGGUGGCGGCGGCUUGGCGACAUGGCCAUUGUCUCAGAGGACAGCUUUCAUCACAGUGCAAACUCCACCUACAGAACCGGAAGCAGCUCUCUACUAGCUGACCAGGAGACACUGCUGGAGAAGCUGCUGGACAGCCCGCCGUCUGGCCUGCAGAGGCCUGAGGACCGCUUCAAUGGCACCUACAUCAUCUUCUUCAGCUUGGGCAUUGGCUCCAUGCUGCCAUGGAACUUCUUUGUCACUGCCAAGGAAUACUGGAUGUUCAAAUUCCACAACUCCUCUAGCUCAGCCACACAGGGGGCCGCCGUGGGCUCAGACAUCCUGAACUACUUUGAGAGCUAUUUCGCCGUUGCCUCCACCGUGCCCUCAGUCCUGUGCCUCACGGUCAACUUCAUGCUUGUCAACAGGGUUCCGGUCCGUGUCCGUGUCCUGACCUCCCUGGCCAUCAUGCUGGCCAUCUUCGUGGUGAUGACUGUGCUGGUGAAAGUGGAUACCUCCUCCUGGACCUGCAGCUUCUUUGCUGUCACCAUGGUCUGCAUGGUGAUCCUCAGCGGCACCUCCACCAUCUUCAGUAGCAGCAUCUACGGUAUGACUGGCUCCUUCCCGAUGAGGAAUUCCCAGGCGCUGAUAUCAGGAGGAGCCAUGGGCGGGACCAUCAGCGCCGUGGCCUUGCUGGUGGACCUGGUAGUGUCCAGCGAUGUGACGGAUAGUGCCCUGGCCUUCUUCCUGACUGCGGAUGUCUUCCUCGCUCUCUGCAUCGGGCUCUACCUACUGCUGCCCAGGCUGGAGUACGCCAGGUACUACAUGAGGCCUGCUCAGCCAGCCCAUGUAUUUUCUGGUGAAGAGGAGUGGCCCCAGGACUCUCCCAAUCCCUCUUUGUUGGCCCCCAGGUCCAGUAACCCCCACAUGCCACCCCUCCGCCCCAUCCUGAAGACUACCGCUGGCCUGGGCUUCUGCAUCGCCUACAUCUUCCUCAUCUCUGCCCUCAUCUUCCCUGCCAUCAACGCCAACAUCGAGUCCCUCAACAAGGGAUCAGGCUCACUGUGGACCACCAAGUUCUUCGUCCCCCUCACCACCUUCCUCAUGUACAACUUCGCUGACCUGUGUGGCCGGCAGAUCACAGCCUGGAUCCAGGUGCCAGGGCCCAAAAGUAAGCUGCUCCCAGGGCUUGUGCUCCUCCGGACCUUCUUCAUCCCCCUCUUCAUGUUUUGCAACUACCAGCCCCGCGUGCACAUGGAGGUGGUGGUCUUCACGUCUGACAUCUACCCGGUCCUCUUCACCUCCCUGCUGGGGCUCAGCAAUGGUUACCUCAGCACCCUGGCUCUCAUGUACGGGCCGAAGAUUGUGUCCAGGGAGCUAGCGGAGGCCACAGGGGUAGUGAUGUCUGUUUACAUGUGUUUGGGUUUGCUGCUUGGCUCAGCCUUCUCUGCCCUACUCGUGCACCUCAUCUAGGGCAGCGGCCAGGGCAUCAGGGCCACGUGACCCUUCGGAGCCUCUGUAAGGUGGCGAGGAAGUGCUGGCAGGGCUUGGGUGGCGUGGAAGAAGGGGCUGGAGCUUCAUGGGUGCAGAAAGCAGAGCCCACCCAGGCCUCAUCUCUGCCCGCAAGGAACGAAUGAACCGUCUUAUGACAUUCCAGGCACUUUAACAGGACAUUCCGGAGAAUAGGACCAAUGAAGACGCAGUUCCAUAGUUACAAAGUGAGAGAAUCACUUUCAUAGCUGAUUCUUAACAUUCCACCCUUUAUGGCUUCAUGCUGGUUUCCAGCUCUUCUAAAAUGUGUUGCCAGUGUCUGAGCACCACUGAGUUGUUACAGAGCCAGUGUCAAAACCCAACCACAGGCUUUUUGCACUCUCCCAGCCUCGCUCCUUCCAUCUGACAGGAGGAAGCCAGAGAAUUCUAGAAUGGAGGUCCCCUUGGGAUGGCCAGGCCCCAGGCCCAAGCCCUGAGCCUGUGCAGACCCCGACAUGCUGCUUCUGAGACACUACCCACUAACCAGACUGGAAAACCCAGAAAGACAGGACUUCCAGGGAUCUUUCAUUCCAUAAACAUGGUCUCUGGAGGGCCUCCCUGCCCCAGGGACAGAGUGCACAGGGCCUGCGGCCUGUGGCUUGGGUCAGAGAGGGGGUCUUUCGAUGUUCAUGUUUACAACAUGUCAAGGCCAUUGGUUCAAGGGCAUAAUAAAUCCCUGGGUAUUUGAUAAGAACCUUGUUGGUGUACUAGUCAGGAAACAGAAGCAUACUCCAUUUGAGUCAUUCGAGGAUUCUUUAAGAGAAGGUAUAGGAAACCCAAGGUGCACUAUAUUCCGGAACGGGCAACAGUGAAGUAGUGAGGGCCUGAUGGGUAAGGAAAGGAGUCGUUCUAGAACCUGGAGAUGUGACCUUGGCCUGGAGUAGGGGGCAUGCCCAGCCUGCAGGGACCCUCAGGCGGGAGCUGAGGAAAUGCAUUCCCUCUCUUCCUCCCUCUGUCCUCUCCUCUGUGUUCCCUGUAGACUGAGCCACAGCCAAGGAGCAGGCUGAGUGGGUGGAGAGAGGACCUAGACGGGCAAUGGAAGGCGACCGGCCCAGGGUCCCAUCCAGAAUGGGGCCAGCGAGCCCCUUCAGUGACCUGUUUUUUACCAAAGUCAGUAAGUGCUGUGAAACUGGUCAGCAGAAUUGGCUGUGGUUUUGUCCUGGUUUGCUUUGGGUGGUUGUGUUUUGAUGUUGUUGCUUCAAAGGACACCCCCAGGGUUCCGUUUCCCCACCCGGGGAGACACAUUUACAAUACCUGACAUGAAUCCUAAUUUAUAUAUUAGGUUCCUCGAAGGCCCCUCCUACAAGGCUGUUCCUUGGGGGAGCAGGCUGACUUGGGAAUCAGAGAGAGAACAGAACUCCCUCAGACCAGGAGUUCCUUCUCAAGAACCAUGCAGAAAGAAGAGCUUGCCCAGAAGAAGUGGCAGCCACGAGAGCACAAGUUGGCUGUGUCUGUCCAGCGUGCAGGCUCGGUGGGCUCCAGCAGCAGCCGAUGGCACCGGGAAGCUGUCAGUAAUCUACCCAGCGGCGGCAGCUUAUAUUCCCCGCCUGUCUCAGUCUACUACACAAUGCUUUUUUGGCCAGAGAAUUGAGGAGGACACCCUUGAGAGGUUUUCUGAAACUCGAUACCUUCUCCCCUGAGCUUUUUUCACCCUGACUUUAAUGAUGUGGAUGAUGGCGGGGAUUGCCUUGUUGGUGACUCAUCGCAACCUCGGGUGCUUCAGAAAUGGGCAGUGUUGUUGGUUUGAAAGCAAAACAGCAGUCUCUGAGAGCCCAGAUGGGGUGGCCCUGGAGCUGACGCAAAGGAGUGGUGAGGGGUCUUGCAAGCUCUGUUGAAGAGGGGAUAGCGUUCAGAAGAAGUAGGGGAGGAGGCGCCCUGUUGGUGAAAUGAUUUGAAAUGAGCACGGAGUGAAGGGGAAGGGGGUGAUGACGCAGUGUAGGGGUGCUGAUGAUGGACGAAAUCAGCAGUGCCAGCUUCACUGUGCAGGGGCUGGCUGCUUGGCAGGGAAGGGGGAUGAGCCAGGCCUUUGCCCACUCCUUCACUCGCCUUGGUGGGCAUUUCACAAAGGAUCACUCCCUCUCAGAGGAGGAGGAAGGGAAAUUACGCCUCUCCAGGGAGAGGGGCAGAUGGUGGCUUCUUCAGGUGUCCUUGCCUCAUGACAGCAGCUCCUGGGGCUUGGCUGUUCUACGUCUCAAGUCUCCUGUGCUCCCAGCAGGCGUGUGGAAGCAGCCCACAUGCUUUGGGGGGAACAGAACUUGCUGAAGAAAAGGUGAUUCUGAAGACUUACCGUCAGUGAGGGGGUACUGGGGGGUCCCUGAGAAGUUGCCUUUGUCUAAUAAUUUUCUUUGAUUUAAUCCCAAGUGGCAGUGUCUUUUAGUGCAUAUUCUAGUAUAUUUCCAGACCAUCCACAUUUUCAUUUUCCUAAUUUUAUUCAAUAAAGCAACCCAGAGGCAACCAAACUAGGUGGCUGUUCAACUAGUGGAUGACAGGGACUUCUAAGACAAUGUUUGCGCCUACAUGCACGGGGACGUGAGGGGGUGUGACCAGGGCAGGUAUUACUAGCAAAGGCUUCAGCUGCCUUCUACCCAGGACUCUACGGAGGAGACGUGAUGCAGGAGGAGGUCCCUGCAGGACCAUGGCUUCUGGGAAGACUUAAUGCUUUUAUGGAGAACUCUAAGUAGAAGGAAGGGGGACAAACAUAACUUGAGAUACCUAUUCCAGUGUUUAUUUCAACACUCUGGGCUCCCUGAGUGAAAGCAUCUCGUGUCUAUGGUACCAUCAUCACUUCCUUGGUGGCAGCACUGUCAGUGCCAGUUUUGCCCAUGGUCUGAGUCACUGCUGCCCACACCCACUGGCUGAGUCACCCACUGCCCCACAUCCCAGUUCCCAGUCCAGCCCUGACCCAGGCAGGAUCCCAGAAGGCCUUUCAGCACACACUCCCCUGCUCCCCUAUAGGUAGACAUUGGGAUCAGGCACAUGGCCACAGACCUAGGAUCCAGGGCAGCCUUCCCACCAUGCUGCCUCAAUCCCUGGACCAGUAAUACUGCCCUGUGCCAGCUUUACAUGCAUUAUAUCCCUCAUCUGUAGAUGAACAUAAGAACAUGGUGAGGUUGAGUAACUUACCCAAGGUCACUCAGGAAUCAAACCUAGGUCUGCCUAAACUCAGAAGUCGUUGUCCAUGCUGCCUUCUUGGUUGAGCCCUGACCCUUUCCUUGGUUCUUGGCACCUGUCACCCCUAUUCCGUGCUCCGUGGUCUGGCUGGAGUCUUGUGGCAAACAGAUGAUGGAUUACCCAGAAUUCCGGCACCGACCUUGGACUAUGUUGACCUGUUCAGGGUAGCUGCCUGCUGGACUGGGCCCCCAUGGACCCUGACCCUGUGCCUACCGUCUUCAGCACAGGAUCUUGGGCUGUUGACAGGCCCUGCCAUUUGCCCAGUCUAGUCCAGUCCCCCAGCCCCUCCUAGUCCCACCAUCCUCUUCCUCCCCUAUGCCAGCCCCUGCUGCUCAGGUGCCUGUGUAUGUGGACCUGUGUUGGGACAGCAGGCAUGUAGGUAGGGCAUAGAACAUAGUUUAGGGGGUCAGGAAGUCUUGCCCCCAGCCCCAUCAGGCACUGGCUGUGUGUCACUUAAUCUUCCGGAGUCACACUUCCUCAACUGUAAAAUGAGGAUAAUGGUUAAGUACCAGAGUUGUGACUGUCUGCUGUGCCACUGAGCCAGCCCAUCACACCCGGUCACGCCCACGCACCAGCACACAGAUCCACAGACUGCACCAGGGUUCAGGCCUAUGGAGCAGGAUGACUCAGGACACGUCCACACCCUCGGCCCCCACCCAUGGUUCAGCCACUCAGGAAGGUGAAGGCAGCCUCAACCUGAAAUAACAGCUGGCUGCUGGGGCUGAGACCCUAAAGGAGAGUGACCAAGAUGGCCAUACUCUGCCCCCACAACAGGCUCCAGCCAGCUGACCCACUGGCCCUGCCUGGGGGCCUGGCUGUACCCCACUGACAACAGUUUCUACCCUGGCCUGGAAUUUAGAGGGAGCUCUGGGCCAUAGCUUGGAAUAGAAGAAUACAGACACAGCCUCCAGUCACCCAAACCGAGGUUUGAAUUCUGGUCCUGCCAACUAGCUGUGUCACUUUGGCCAAGUCUUGCUGGAACCCUCUUUUCUCUUCUCUAAAAUGGAAAACCUCCCAGGGCUGUUGUAAGGAUAAAAGUGGCCUCAGUAUUCAAUGUAAAAGUAUCUGGCACAUAGUACCAAAAACCAAACCCACUGCCGUCAAGUCGGUUCGUUUCUUGCACUUUUUGCUGCCACCUGGACAGUUUGCUGUGAUGUCAAAAGCCUUCCUGUGGCAGAUUGUGCCCUCUACCCCUGACCCCACGCUGUCUAUCUUCUCCAGUUUUGACCCCCGUUGUUUGAUGGUCAAGCCCCCAGCCUGGGUCUGCCUACCAGUCAGGGUCAGGAGACACUAGGCAGAAAGCUGGAAACCCAAAAUACUAGACCAAGUGCACUCUGACCUUUGGCCAAGCCACUGCACUUUUUCCCUCUAAGCCUCAGCUAGAAAAACAAGCAGCCAACACCUAUCCUACCUCCAUCAUAAUACACGUGGAUGCCCUCUGGAAAAUGGUCAUGUCGGAAAAUGGUCCCGAGAGCCUGGGCUGGAGCCAGACUGGCUAGGUUUGAAUCCUGACUCACCACUUCCUGGUACAUGACCAUGGUCCAGGUUAACCUCUGCCUCCGUGUUCUUACUCGGGCCUCAUAUGUGGUUAUUGUGUGCAAUAAAUGACGUAUUGGCAGUGCAUAGAAAGUAUUUAUAAUUGAGCAUGGUACAUAAUCCAUGGUAAUUACCAGCUUCUGGGAGGCUGUGUGCUUCAGACCUUUCUGGUCUACCCGACUCUCCACUGUCAGUACAUCACCCUCAUUUCCCUUCCUUACUAGGUUCUGGGCUUGCCCCCUGAGCCCAGAACACACAUUCAGCUGCUGGGUCUGUCUUAACAUUCAGAUGCUUUCCUUCUCUCCUCACCUACCUGCCUUGCCUACUUGCCUUUGAUGGAGGCAGCCGGAAAAGCAUUUCUUGCAGAUGUGCCUCAGUUUCCUUAUCUGUAAAAUGGACGGCUUACAUAGUGCCUACCUCCCAGGGUUGUUGUGGAAAUUAAAUGCACUAAUCCUUAUAAAGCUAUGUGCCAGUGCCUGGAAUGUAAUAAGCUCCUCACACCUGUUACAUUACUACUUCUCCUCCCCACCGCCCUGUGAGGCUGGCAGGUCAGGAGUUGUCCUCAUCGUUUUUUAGAUGAGGCAGAAUGGCAGAGAACGUAACUCAGUUACUGAGGCUCAGGCUGCCAACGGCAGAUCCCCUGACUCUGCAGUGAAAUAGCUGCAGACGGGAAGUCUGCACGAUGCUCUCAGAGGUCCACUUCUCCUGCUGGUGGGAGGGUCCCCUUUAGAGAAAUGAGAAUAACCAGCUCGGCCAACAGUUUCAGUCCUGAGGAUCAGUCCCAGGACGCUGGAUGCAGGAGGUGGCUUCAGACUGAAUGAGUCAGAGAGCCACCCAGCUGAGGGGCCUGACACCGGCCUGCUGGCACCUCCACGAGGGCCCUCCUGAGGUCGCCCUGUCUCAUUUGAUUUCUGGUGCACAGUCACUGUGAGAAGUGCUGCUUAUUGGGCACCACUCCAGGACAGGCAUGUGCCAAGCAUGCGGGUGCGUAAUCUUACACAAUCCAUUCAGCCGCAUUAUGAGGAAGUAGUAGUAUCCCCAUUUUAGAGACGCCGAAACGAAGACUCAGACACACAGCUGCUAAGUGGCAGAGCUGAGAUUGAAGCCCAGGUCUGGCUGACUCCAGGCCUCGGGCCCCACAGCAGCAGUCCUCAUCAGCCUCACCUGACGUGCUCGGUACCCGCAGACUGCUGUGCCCACCCCCAGGGUUUGAAAGUCCCAGGUAGAACGCAUGCUGCUGGUCAGGGAAGCCCGCUUCAAGCACCACUGUGCUGGAGCACCAAGGACUGGUUGGGAGAGAGAGGGCCCAGGAGGGAGUCAUUAGAGGACCUAACGCACGGUGAACACUUGCUCCACCUUCCUUACAAAUGUGCGCAGCCUCAGGGCAGAGCCUCUGCAUUUUAAGUGCCAGACUCAUCUUCUCCACCAACCCCCAAGGGUGGCACCCAGUGGCUUUACUCCUCAUUCCAUCUUUCCCACCUGCUCUCUUCAGCCCAACACCGUAAAGUCACAGAAGGGAGAGAGGAGGGAGGGAGUGAGAAAGGAAGGGGCCCAGGGCAUGUCUGCCUCAGCCCAUGGCUAGGAGAUGACAAACUGGAAGGAGUCCGGGUCUCACCUCCUCCCAGGCCCUCCUCCAGCUGGGGAGCAGCAGGGUAGGGUGCGGGGCUGCCUCCUGCCAGGGGCGGAGUCACACCUUGUACCUGCUCUUGAGCUCAUUAGCUGUUGAGGUGGUGGUAAAUGUUUUUCAUUUUGCUGAGUCUUUGCUGAGACUCAAAAAGGGAAAUGAGCCAUUACCAAACAGCAAAGCUUUUUGAAACAGAAAUUCAAUCGACUGCAUUUUCUCAUAACAUUUUUUGAGCUAAGAAUGCAGAGGUCUGGCCUUGCUUUAUCAAAAUUGUCUUUGAGAGUUGUCUCAGGCUUGCCUUCUGCUUGCAAAGUUCUGGGAGAAAGGAAUAGGAGAGGUUAGAUGCUAAAAUGUGCCAGGCUGGUUAAUGCCACACCAGAUGGUAUUUAGUGGCUGGUCCCUGGCUUGUUGUUGAGGAUGUUGGGGACUUUCCCUUUCCUUGCCUUUUGUGGUUAAGACCCUCAGCCUUUGCCCUGUGGGGUAAGAAUCGGCUUCCCCAAUUCUUGAACUAGGGGGAGCCAGGCCAGAGGGCUUAGAAACAGGGGUCAGGGCCUGAGUUUGUCUGACUUUGGGCCAGUCGCUAACUUUUCUGAGCCUGUGUUCUCAUCUGUGGGGAUAUCGAUCUUGCAUACUCAGAGUUCUGAGGUCAGAGUGCCUUGUAAACUGCACAGGUGUACAAAAUAUUAGCUAUUGUUAUUAUCAUUAUACUGCCCUUAAACCCAUUUGCACCCUAUUCCAACAGGCAAAGAAUCUACAUGACCAAGGGAACAUUACAGCCUAGAGCCCUCGCCCUCUCCCCCUCUUCUGGACCAUGCUCUGAGUACCUGGGACUGCUGAAUUCCUUGCCCCGAUGGGCCCGAGGCCACUCCAGGGCCUGAGCAGACCCUUUCCUAGGUCCAUCCUCCCAAGGCAGACGGCUCAAGACACUCCUAGCCUCCAGUAGUGGCCGUGUGCACGUGAUGCAGGCAGUUUAGACAUGUGAGUUGCAUUGUUCAUACUUGUGCACAACCUCUAGGCUGUGCACCAUCACAUUCCAGAGCAGAACUCUGAGGGGUCGGAGGAUUCUAGAUUGAAGCCUGGCCUUCCAGGCUGUUAUAAAGCUGUAUGUGUCAAGGCAGAAGGAGGAACAUAUUCUAAGAGUUUGUUACUUGAUUUAUAACUUUUACAUACUCAGACACGUGGUAUACGGGCCUCCGUUUGUACUCUUGCCCUAGGCCCCACCAAUGUUAGGAGCAGGGCUCCUUUGUUACCAGAAGACUGAAUUUCCACUUUCCCCUAUUUAAGCCAGACAGACCUCUUAUUUCCCUCCUCGGUCUUUCUAAAUUCGCAAAGCUAUGCCUUAUUAGGGAAUGUGGCUAGGUUUAGUAGAGAUCGGUGGCAAUUCUAAGGCCUCUCUUUCUUUUCUCCCUUAAACCAUUUCUCAUUCCCUAAGGACUCACAGGGAAGACCACAGCAGGGACCAAGGGUCCUCCCUGGUCAAUGGCCCUCCUCUUCUUUGUCUCCCGGCAGUGGGGGUUUGUGCUACUUCAGGGUAAGAUCGAGCUCCAUCCUGCUGCUGCUGUGGUAACCCUAAGCCAUGGGGACCAGAUGAUACUUAGAGAAGCCGUGUUUCCAUCCGGGUCAGGAGGCCAGACCCUGGAAGCCUGGAUUUCUGUGUAGGGAGCAACUACAGGAAGAGUGGUGCUGCCUGUUCCUCCCUCAUCUCCAUCCUGGAAGAGCACAGGGCCUCAGCUGGCAGAGGGGCAAACUCGGUUGGUUGAAGGUAACAGCCAGCCACUUCACCAAGAUCAUCCCAUGAGUUGGGGCCCUUUCUGGGGGUAGAACCUGGAUCUCCUAACUCUUCCUUAGACUGCUGCUGAUGGCAACACUGUCCACACUUUGCUGCACAUAAAACCCUUUACCCAUCUCUCCUUCCCACUCAGAUACCAUCUGGCAGUGCAGACUCUGAUCCAGAGGUGGGGUUGCUUGCCUCUGUGAGUUAAGCCCCAUCCCCAUCCCAGAAGGUUAAUAUAGGAAUAGUUGCUCCUCCCUAGCCCCCAACUGGGCUCCUGGGGUCCUGGGAAGAGGCAGCAGCUGUGGAGGAACAGCUUUGGGUGCGCAUCCCCUUCUGCUGAAUGGCUGCUCAUCUCACGUGUGCCCAAGAUGGCUGCAGUGUGGAGGGGAGUGGGGGGAGGCUCGCACUUACCCUGGAGACCCUAAAAGAAUCCGAGCAAAUGCUAGAUAUGAGACAUGAGCACUAAAUCAGGCUCCAAAUAUAGAAAAGAUCUACCGGUACUGAGCUGGGUGAUGUUGGGUGCUACUGGGCAGGGCAUGAGACAACGCAGAACUUCAGCAUGUGGAAGUUCUUCCCUUUUCAAUUGCUUCUAUCCUGAUUACGCACAAGAGAGUUUCAGUUUUGCGUUUGAACAUCUUCAAUGCCCCACUAAAACUUGCUACUCUGCCUUUGCAACAAAAAGAGGAUCAGGCCUCAGUUCAAGGUCUUGCCCAGUAGGAUUGAGAACGUUUUGUUUCCAUUUGUAUUUCUUUUUAUGGUUUCUUAACUUCUCCUUAUGACAAAUGUUACUAUAAAGUUUGCUUCAUUUAAAGAAGAAAAUUAAAUAAAAAAUAUACAGGUGGUACUUGGGUGUGGUGAAUAUCAUUCAAGUUUAGCACUGUAUAGGCAGGGAAGCUGAGACCCAGGUAAAAAAGGCCCCAAAGCCCAGAAUGGGCAAGUGUCUGGGAUGUUUAGAAAGAACCUAGAUAGCUGUCUGCCCUGAAAACCACAGUCUUCUGCUUGAAGGUGAACUGGGUAAAGUCCUUUCUAACUUCAGGCUCCCCAUUAUCUCCUUUUGGGAUUGGUGUUUCAUUAUUUCCAUUUUGGCUAAGAAAAAUUAGAACUUGUCCCCUUUAAACUCAGGGCAGAAACCUGACCAUUUCUCAGAGGCAACAGGCUCCAGACUUGGCCACGGAGUUAGCCAUAACUGGUAGAGGAAAGAGAAGUGCAAGUAGAAGUAGAAGACAACGUCACAGUGCCAGGAAUACUUUUAAGGACUUGAAACCUUGGGGAGAAGCAGAGAUGUCUUCCAGAUUGCCCCUGUCCUAGUGCACACAGCAGCACGUCCUUAACAAAGUCCUGGAGUCACACUCCAAAGGCCACUCUCCGAUGUUGAUAUGACUUGCCACAUGCUCACCAACCUUGAGCACGUAGUAGGUGUCAGGCACCUGGCUAAGCCCUUUACGUCCUCUCCUCAAUCCUCACAAGAAGCCUGUAAGUUAAAGUCACCGGCCCUGGAGUCACACUCACACCAGCUGGGGUGGAAAUCUGGCUCUCUCGCCUAGCAUGCUAUGUGACGUUACCAAACCAAAUCCGCUGCCGUAGAGUUGACACCGACUCACAGCAGCCUAGCAAGGCAGAGAACUGCCCCAGAGGGUUUCCAAGGAGCAGCUGGUGGAUUCAAACCGCUGACCUUUGGCUAGCAGCCGAGUUCUUAUCCACUACACCGCCAGGGCACCAUGUGAAGGUUAGUGCAAAUUAAAUUCCCUCCCUGAGCCUCAGUUUCCUAAUCUCUAAAACGAGGACAACAUUACACCUCUGAAGACAGUAAGGUUUCAGUGGAACGCUUACGAAGGUUAGGAAGUAAGCAAUCAGCAGCCAUGUUACUUAUUAUUCACUACUGGGGAAAGCGAUACCAGGGAGGCAAAGAAGCUUCUGGAGGUCCUGCGGCCCCAGGUCACCAAGCCAGGCCGGGCCGGCCUGAUUGAUUGGCGGGCCCGGGGCUGCCUCGCCCACCCCCUCAGGG